AAAGCAAUGGAUACUGAUUCGUCAAAAAAGAAGAAAGAAUCAUUAAAUCAUAAGUCAGAAACUUCUGGGGAUCCUACAGAAAGAAGUCAGUCAGAGAAAGUUAAGCCGAGAUAUACAGUGUAUGGUAUGAGAUGGGUUAUUUGUAUUUUCUUUACAACAUCAAUUGUUGCUAGUGGACUUGGAAUGGUUGGUAUGAGUGCUAUAACUCCGAUUAUUAGCAAAAUAUAUGAUGUGAGUGGACUUGAGACUAGUAUGCUCGUACUUCCAUUUAUUGUCUUGUUUAUCCCAUGUAUCUUUCCUGCUAAUUACCUCAUUGAAAAUUAUGGAAUAAGUAUUCCUGUUUAUUGGGCAUCCGUAACUCUUCUGAUUGGAGCUUGGAUAAGAUUACUAGUGAAUGUAAACUUUUACAUUGUUAUUGGAGGCCAAGUCAUCAUGGCAUUGGGCCAACCAUUUAUGCUUUCUGCUCCAGCUAAAUUGUCUGCAUUAUGGUUUGCGGAAAAAGAAAUGGCAAUUUCCACCACAUUAGGGUCAUUAGCAGCCCCAAUUGGAGCUGUUACAGGAUUUCUACUUCCUCUUCCUUUGAUAGGAGAUUCUGAUGCUCCUAGUGAUGAAGUAUCAGUAGAACAUGGAAAAAGCGUCUUUUUCAGGUAUAUUCUUGUUCAAAACAUUGUCAUCACUGUAUUGGGACUACCAAUUAUUUUCUUUAUUCGGAAUCAACCUCCAACUCCUCCAAGCGCAAGUGCUGCAAAGGCUUUAAGAAAGAAACCUGUUAAUCAAUGAAAGAGUAUAGGACAGCUAUUUAAAAAUAUCGAUUUCAUCACUCUCCUGAUUUCCUUCUCCAUGAUAUACAGUAUUUACACGACUCUUGGGGCUGCAGUAGGACAACUAUCUGAAAAUUUCGGCUAUCCAACUUCAGCCAAUAGUCUUUUCGGUACAUCAUAUAUUUUUGGAGGAUUAUUUGGAUCGUUUGCUCAUGCAAUCUUACUUGAUAAAUACCAAAAGUAUAAACUCCAAUACUGUUUUAUUGGAAUAACUUGUAUCAUUAGUCUGGGAGCUAUUGCUGGAACGAUUAAUUUAGGAAUACAAGCAUUGACAAUUGCACUUUUGUUCUUCCUCGGGUUUGCACAGUUACCGAUAAUUGGAGUUGCUUAUAGUUUCUGCUCUCAACUUACCUACCCAGUUAACGAGGCUCUUUCAUGUGGAAUGCUUCAACUGUUCGGAUCAAUAUUUGCUACAAUUCUUACAUUUGUUGUGGGCUUAUUACUCGACAAAGGACUAAGGUACCCUGCUGUUUUCCUUAUGAUUGGCUUCGUUGUUGUUGGAACUUUCUUUCAGUUCUUUGUUAGAGAGAUAUUGAGAAGGAAAAGAGCUGGAUUGAAGAGCAGUUCUUUCUCAUUCAAUAUCGGAAAUCAUGGUCAAUUGCAAGAUACAAAAGAGUCUCCUCAAGUGAUUUCUGAGCCAUUAUCCCAUCCAACAACUUAUACCCCACUUAUGGAAGAUGAUCAUUAAAUAAUACUAAAAAUUCAGAGUGCUUCA